AUGACUCGCAAAGAAGCUUCCCUCUUGGCAGAGGAGGAGGAGACGCUGGACAAAUCUGUGUCCGCGUCUCAGCCGGACCCAUCUCCCUCAUCUCAUCGACUCAAAUUCCUAACCUAUGCCAGCGCUCUGCUAGGCAACAGCACUUCCGCAGUCGUCACCAAUCCUUUCGACAUCAUCAAGGUCCGACAACAACUAGCGCUCUCCUCGCGGCACAAUUUCUGGACGUUGGGAAAGGAAAUGAUUGUUGGAGAAGGCGUGCAGAGUCUGUGGUACGGUGUGACGGCCAGUAUACUGAGGGAGGCUAGCUAUGGAACGAUUAGAAUGGGAAGCUACGAGACUUUCAAGGACCUGUAUGCUCCACUCCUAGGUCCAUCCGUGCCUUUCCUGCAGAAACUACUGGCAGGCGUCACUUCAGGCGCCUUGGGCGCUCUCAUAGCCUCUCCCUGCGACUUGGUCAAGGUUCAGAUGCAAGCGUCUAGAGCAGCAAGCGCGGGCGGUGCGCCUCCCUAUCGCAACACAUUUGUAGCCUUCUCGACCAUCUAUCAUAAAGGUGGACUCAAGGCUCUGUGGAGAGGUGUCGGACCCACAACGCUCAGAGCGGCUGUGCUUACUAGCACGCAGGUGGGCACGUACGACGAAGCCAAGCAACGCAUCAAGCGUUAUGCUUCAAGUAGCAGCCCCAAUCUCCUCGUCGCUCAUCUCUCUCAGGAAGGACUGCCUCUACAUUUCGCCAGCAGUAUGAUAGCUGGCUUUAUCGCUUCUGCUACUAGUCAACCUAUAGAUGUGCUCAAGGUCAGAUUGAUGAACGAGAGAGCAGGAGCUGUGGCGCAAGGGAAAACGAAUACUAGCUGGAGCGUCUUGACUUUGCUUUUGAAGACCGAGGGUGCGAUGGGCCUGUAUAAAGGCUUCGGCAUGUGCUGGAUGCGCCUUGGAGCGCAUACCGUCGUCUCUUUAGUUCUCUUUGAACGCUUCAGAGCUCUGUUCGGUAUCAGACCCAUCUAA